AUGGGCUUGGGAAUUCUCGAGGACAGGGUCCUGGAGGACGUGCCAGGAACCACACGCUACUUCGACGACCCCGAGCGACCGCAAUACGCCACCGACGGCCACAUCGCCGAGCACCUCAAAUGCGACACCAGCGGGCCCGUCCCAAUCAUCCUCGUCCCGCAGCCCUCCGACGACCCCAACGACCCCCUCAACUGGCCGCUAUGGAAGCGCGACCUGAUCACCUUCAUCCUCUCCUUCGUCGCCAUCCUCGCGACCUGCCUCGGCCCCAUCCUCGCCGCCAACACACUGACCCUGACCCUGUACUACAGCGUGCCCUUCACCAAGGUCGCUGACCUGACGGGAUGGUACCUGCUGGGCGUGGGCAUCGCCGCCUUUAUCUUUGUGCCGUCGGGCCGCAUCUGGGGUAAAAGGCAUCUGUUUGUGGGCGGGACGCUGCUGCUGGUGGUGACCUCGGCGUGGGGCGGUGCGUCGCAGGGGGAGGAUCGGUAUUCGAGUAUGGUUGCCGCGCGUGUGUUCCAGGGCAUUGCGACGGCCCCGUUUGAGUCGCUGGUGAAUGCGGCUGUGGGAGAUUUGUACUGCGUGCAUCAACGCGGUAUCCGCAUGGCGUUCACCAACCUCGCGGUCUUUGGCGGUGCGUUCUUCACGCCCAUCCUCGUCGGCAAGAUCACCAACACGAUCGGCUGGUGGUGGACGUUCUACCUGGUGGCCAUUUUCUGCGCGGCCAGCUUCCCCAUCCUGUUUUUGUUCUGCCCCGAGACUGCCUACCGCCGCGACGCUCCCCCGGAAAUCGAUCUCGGCUUCCUAGGCAACGGCGACAACUCGCGCUCCGCUGCUGCGGGGCCCUCUGCCGGUAGUGCCGCCGCGCCCGAAGACGUGGAAAAGUCGGCCGCCAGCAACGGCAACAACGCCAACGGCGCCGACGGUUCCACCACAUCCCCAGCGUCCCCCGUCAAACCCGCCAACCGCCCCAAGGCCACCUUCAAGGAGUCCCUCGCCCUCUUCAACGGCCGCAAGACGGACGAAACCUUCUGGAAGCUACUCCUCCGGCCGCUCCCGCUCUUCCUCCAGCCCGCCUUCCUCUGGGCCUGCCUAAUCCAGGGCUUGAUGAUCGGCUGGACCGUCUUCAUCGGCGUCAUCAUGGCCCAGUUCUUCCUCGCCACCCCGCUGUGGUGGGGCGAGGUCGACACCGGGUACGCCUACACGGCCGCGUUCAUCGGCGCCAUCAUUGGGUUUGUCGUUGCCGGUCUGUUGUCGGAUUCUAGCGCGCGGUUGUUGACCAAGUGGAACAAUGGCAUCUACGAGCCUGAGUUCCGUAUCGUGCUGGUUAUUCCCCAAAUGAUUCUUGGGUGUGCCGGCCUGUACGGGUUCGGUAUCACCGUGGAUGGACUGUUGCUGGGGCAGUACCACUACGCUGUUCCGCUAACGUUCUUUGCGUUGGAGGUGGCAGGGAUGGUUAUUGGUGCUGUGGCUAGUUCGCUGUACAUUGUUGAUGCUUACCGCGACCUGGCCAUCGAGGGCUUCACUUGCAUGAUCAUCUUCAAAAACAUUUUCAGUUUUGCGCUCACUUUCAAGGCCUUCCAGUGGCUGGUCGCGAGUAGCACCCAGGCCACGCCGCUGUUCAACAUUCUUGCGUCGAUCCAGGUCGCUGCGUGUGUGUUGAGCAUUCCCAUGUAUGUCUUCGGCAAGCGGAUUCGGUCCUUCUUCCACCGCCAUGAUUUGCUUGAGAUUUUCAAGGUUCGGUAA